AUUUAUACAAAUAUAAGAUUCUAACUAUUAUUUUUACAUUUUUUUAAUAAAAUAGUAUUAUUUUUAAUAAAAUAAUAAUCUAGAGUAGACAUGGACAGGUCCCUUUCCAUCACCAUUUCAAGUUUUCAACAGUAAAAUAAUCCCCAAAUCCGAGCAUCUUCACCUGCGAAAUCCCACAAGUCUUAUCCGAUUACGCCGCGGCCUGCUCAGUCGUUCACCUCCCACUCCAGUACACACCAUGGCUCGCCGCACCGCCCUGCUCCUCCUUGUCCUCCUCGUGGGACCUCUCCUCCUCGCCGCGCCCGCGUGCUCCACCUCCGGCACCAUCGUCUUCACCACCCUGGGCCGCAGCCGCUACGCCUUCGAUAUAUUCGCGCUCCCGCUCGCGCCCCUCUACCCCGCCGCCAACCCGUCUGCCGAGGUCCGCCUCACUGACGGCGCCUCCGUCAACUACAACGGCCACUUCGCGCCCUCCUCGGACUCCCUCCUCUUCGUCUCCGAGCGCAACGGCACCCUCAACCUCUACAUGGCCCCCGUCCCAGCCCCCGGCGCCGGCGCCUCCCGCCGCGAGGAGCUCGAGGUGGCCGCGCCGGCGCCCCUCUCGCCGCUGCUCCCCUGGGACCCCAUCGCGCUCAAGGACCGCCCGUCGCUGACCCCCGACGGCUCCUACCUCGUGUACGUCUCCACCGCUGUGCCCGCCGAGUCCCCGCGCCGGAGCUGGGCGGCCGUGUACUCCACGCACCUCCCCUCCGGAAGCACGCGCAGGCUCACUGCACCCGACGUCGCCGACUUCAGCCCUGCCGUGUCACCGUCCGGGGACUGGACGGCCUCCGCGUCGCCCGGCCCAGACGGGUGGGGCGGCGAGGUGGAGGACCUCAACACUGACAUCUACGUCUUCCGGACGUCCGACGGGUCGCAGCGGACGCUGGCCAUCCGCGACGGCGGCUGGCCGUGCUGGGCCGACGAGACCACCAUCUUCUUCCACCGCCGGGACAGCGACGGCUGGUACAGCGUGUACCGCGCCGAGAUUUCCGUCACGGGCGCCGGGGUGUCGGCGGCAUCCGUCGAGCGAAUCACCCCGCCGGGGUUCCACGCGUUCACACCGGCCGCGUCGCCGGGCGCCCCGGGGCUUGUGGCGGUGGCGACCCGGCGGCCGGGCUCGGACUACCGGCACAUCGAGGUCAUCGACGUGAGCAGCAGCAGAAGCGAGAACUCCUACUUCGAGGUGACCAGGCCCGUGGCGCCGCGCGCACACCACUUCAACCCGUUCAUCUCGCCGGACGGCGCGCGCGUCGGGUACCACCGGUGCCGUGGGAGCGGGAACGGGGAUUCGCCUCUGCUGCUGGAGAACAUCAAGAGCCCGGCGCCGGACACGUUCUCACUGUUCAGGAUCGACGGGUCGUUCCCCUCAUUCUCGCACGACGGCAAGAGGAUCGCCUUCGUCGGCCUACCGGGCUUGUUUGUGGUCAACUCCGAUGGCUCCGGUGGCCGCCGGCAAAUCUUCUCCGGCAAUGCGUUCCCCACAUCAUGGGACUGGAAGAGGAAAGGGGUGAUCUACACCAGCGUCGGGCCAGACUUCGCGAGCGAGAGCACAAAGGUGGAUGUAGUGGCCGUGUCGCUCGGUGACCACGACGAGGACUCAAACAUCUCGAUCAAGAAGCUCACCGUGGGAGGUGAGAACAACGCGUUCCCGUCCCCCUCGCCGGACGGCAAGUGGGUGGUGUUCCGCUCGGGAAGGUCCGGGCACAAGAACCUCUACAUCAUGGACGCGGAGGACGGCGAGGCCGGUGGCAUCCGACGCCUGACUGAGGGUCCCUGGUCCGACACCAUGUGCAACUGGUCCCCCGACGGCGAGUGGAUCGCCUUCGCCUCCGACAGGCACAACCCGGGCGGCGGCAGCUUCGCCAUCUACAUGGUGCACCCGAACGGCACCGGGCUGCGCAGGGUGGUGCACAGCAGCGACGGCGGCCGGACGAACCACCCCUGGUUCAGCCCGGACUCCAAGACGCUCGUGUUCACCUCGGACUACGCCGCCGUCUCCGCGGAGCCCAUCUCGAACCCGCACCACUACCAGCCCUACGGGGAGAUCUUCACCGUGAACAUCGACGGGUCGGGCAUCCGGCGGCUCACGCACAACUCGUUCGAGGACGGGACGCCAUCGUGGACGCCGUACUACCUUAAGCCGGAGGACGUCGGCGAGACGCUGCAGGCCUCCGGGACGUGCGCGUUCGAGGACUGCCACUGGCUCAACAUUGAUGCCCAGCCAGAUGGCCUCAUGUGUGGCAAGCACGGCUAAGCUGCAUCACUCUCCAGUUCAUGUACGAUGUAUAUAGCUGCAUCUGUGAUGAAGAAAUAAGGAGCUCUUGUAUGUAUAUAGCGACUAGCGAGUGCAGUGAUGCUCUCCUCCUACCUAUGUUUGCCAAGGAAUAAGGUCUUGUAAAGUGAUGCCAUGUUUAAGGCAAAAUAACCGGACUUGCUGCUUAUAAUGAAGCUUUCUGGCCAGUUUUAUGGUCACUUGAGGUGUAUA